CGUUGUUAUACACGCACAUGUGUAUAACUCACAGUGUCGUGUUGUGUGCUGCACAAUUGUGUAGUAAAAUCAAGUUUUAUUUGCGAAAUGGCUGGAUUUACUGAAGGAGCGUUAGUUAAAAAACUUAUGGACCUUAAUCCAUCACAACAAAGUAUUCAAACUUUAUCGUUAUGGUUAAUUCACCACAGAAAGCAUCAUGGAACAAUCGUGAAAGUGUGGUUCAGAGAAAUGUGUAAAUCUAAGGAUAACCGUAAAUUAAUGUUUAUGUAUCUAGCAAAUGAUGUUAUUCAAAACAGUAAAAAAAAGGGGCCAGAAUUCGGUAAAGAAUUUGAAAGUUUUUUACCAAAAGCUUUUGAGCACAUGAAGGGUUUUGAUGAAAAGACUAGAGAGCGAUUAAAUAGGUUACUACAAAUUUGGGAAGAGCGAGGUGUUUAUGAAAAAUCCCAAAUAGCUGAGUUUAAAGCAGCUUUAGAUUCCGUCAAUGAUCCAGUUAAAGAACCUGGAUCUCCGCCACCUAGAAAAAAGCUAAAGGUUGAAAAUGACAAGCCUACAAAAGUAAAAUCAUCUACUCCAAAAGUUGAUAAAAAAGAAAGAAAAAAAUCUGAAACAGAAGUGGAAGUUGAUGGUACCAAAGAGCUACAUGUUACGUUAAGUCCAAGAACACCAGCUGGAGAUCCACCAGAAACAGAAGAAUUAAUCAAAGCCUUAAUGGAUUUAGAAAAUACAGCAUCAUCAGACGCCAGUGUAAGAGAAAGAAUUGCUUCUCUACCCCCAGAAGUAUCAGAAGUAUCUCUUCUGGCCAAUCUUGCUGAUAGAGCAUCAGCAGAUCAACUGAGUAUUGCUGUUAAUGAGGCUGCAGCUCUUUUAGCUGAUUAUAAUGGACGUUUACAAGCUGAAAUGGAGGAUAGACGACGACUUCUUACUAUGCUUAGGGAUUACACACUAGCUCAACGACAAUUGUUACAGCAGGCACAAACAACACUAGAAGACUACAAAGAAAAAUUAAAAAAGGUUUGUGCUGUUCGAGCUGAAGUAAAAUCUCAUAUUUCGAAUUUACCUGAUUUAACACAAUUACCUGAUGUGACUGGUGGUCUCGCACCUCUGCCAUCAGCAGGGGAUCUUUUUUCACUGCAUUAACUCGAUCCCAUUUAAGUGUUCAAAGGGGUAAUAAUUAAAUCAUUGUCAAAUUUAAUCGAGUUGCUGACAUUUUGUAAAACAGAACAUGAAUGAAACAAAAAAAAAUGUCAUCGACGAUAAUCUACAAAUAAUUCAGCAUACGGUGAAUACUUCCUCAAGAAGCUGUGAUGUUUAAAAAGUAAACAAAUUUGAUUCGAAAUGAAUCUACGAAGCUUCCUACGACAGUUAUAAAAAUAAAUUUAAUAAUCUAUUUGCAGAAGAUGUAUUUUUAAUGAUUGCCAAUGCUUAUAAAUGCUGUAUUGGUCAAGCGCACUGCAUUGUAUCUUUUAGCAAUGCAACAGAUAAGUUUUAUUUUAUAAUAAAUUGUACCUUCGGAGAAAUUCGUUGAUAUAAAUUUAGUUAAAUAUGCUUGUACGUUUACGAUUUACGUACGAAAUAUACCUUAGUUAUAUUUCAAUUAAAAAUUAAUGGUUAUCUUUCAUUUAAUUAACAACAUAUUUUAUCUGCGUAUUAUUGUCAAAUUAAAAUUGUACAUUUUACCAUAAAAACUGUAAAACUUUACCUUGUAAAUAAUAUACCUAAUAGUUGAGUUAAUUCAAGUUUUCUCAUAAUUUAACAUAAUUUUAAAAUAGGUUAAUAUUUUAGACUUUGAGUUGAACAUCGAAAAAAGACAAAGAAACGACUUAUUUAACUAUUUAUCAUUAGUUUUACUUUGUUCAUGAUUUUUAAUUAUUAUUAUCCGAAAAGUAAUCACAUAAACAUCCGACGUAUUGCUUCUUACAUGGUAUUAUACAAAGAAUGGAGUUUUAAA